AUGUCUUCCAAGAAAAUACUUAAGUUGAAGAGCAUUUUGCUGAAAGCAAACGGCGGCUGUGGUUGCGGGAAGCAGGCAACAGAUAUCGUUGAACCCAAGCCUAAGCCCAAGUCCACUACCUCCUCCUCCGAUCAGAAAUCCACCCAUUGUCCGCCUUCUUCCGGGCAGUCCAUCUCCAUCCUCCACGAUGAGGACUACACCUCCACCACCUUCUCCGACGUCAACAUCGACGAUACCACCCCCCAGUACUCCCGAAGCCGGGAACAACAUGAACAUGAUCACACCAAAAAUGUCAGCCCCUACCCCAAAAUCCAGGAUACCUUCGCCGUCGUCAAAGACUCCGACGACCCGUAUCAAGAUUUCCGGCAAUCGAUGCUUCAAAUGAUCGUCGAGAAAGGAAUCUACUCAAGCAACGAUCUUCAACAGCUUCUCCACUGUUUUCUGCAGCUGAAUUCGCCUCGCCACCACGAGGUCAUCCUUCGGGCGUUCAUGGAGAUAUGGAAUAACGGAGGCAUCCCUGUCACAUGCAGCGGCACGGCGUCGCCUCCGCUGUGCUCUUAA